AUGCCGAGGGAUAGUGGGAUCGAUUUUGCGGACUAUCCUUGGCAGGCUCCCGGGCCUAACGAUUUGAGGUCUCCUUGUCCCGGUUUGAACACACUCGCCAACCACGGUAUCUUGCCGAGAAACGGAAGUAACAUCACGAUCCCUAUGGUACUCCAAGCCGGAAUCGACGGAUAUAAUGUGCAGCCUGAUGUGUUGUUGCUGGCCGCAAAAGUUGCGUUGCUUGUCAGCACCGAAGUAGAGAACUUUUCGCUCGAUGACCUCGACAUGCACGAAAACAUCGAGCAUGACGCCUCUGUCUCACGCUCCGACCACUAUUUCGGCGACAAUCAUUCCUUCAACGCCACUCUAUUCAAUCAAACGCUCGCGCAGUCCAACCCCGGUGUUGAUUAUUACAACGCUACUUCUGCUGGACUUGUUCAGAAAGCUAGGCUGGAAGACUCGAUGGCGAGAAACCCCGACGUGAUCAGUACCAGCAAGGAGUUCUUCAUCAGGAUAAGGGAGUCGAGUUUGUACUUGUCUGUCAUGGGUAAUGCGACCACCGGUGAAGCGCCGAAGGAGUUCGUCAACAUCUUCUUCCGCGAAGAACGCCUCCCGAUCGCUGAGGGUUGGAAACGCUCCGAAGUCCCUAUCACGUCUGAUCUCCUCAGUCCUUGGUCUAACACCAUUUUCCUCGCCUCGGACUGGCAAGGUCCGACUCAGAAUAGCUCGGAAUUGGUUAUUACCCCUGAUGGGACGAUACAGACGCUUCAGCAGCCUGGGGAAGGGGAUGGACAGAACUUGACUGGUUUCUAG